AGGCCAGAGUACAUAUACAGUGCGUGCCAAUCACUCGAUCAUACAAUUUGGCUAAACAUUUAACCGUGCACGAGAAGAGACGAAAUGGAUGGAAAUCCGGUAAACAGGCAAAUUCAUCGUUUGUUUGUAAAACUAGCCAGCCCACUUUCCACUCCUAUAUAUACGAUCUGCUCCCCUUCCCUCCAAUUAAUACGUGCAAUACCAAAAAAAUAAAAGAGAAGAUGGCGGAGACACAGGACGGCCGCCGCCGCCACCGGAAGCCUCACGCCAUCUUCAUCCCCUACCCUCUUCAAGGCCACGUCAUCCCCUCCGUCCACCUCGCCGUCAAGCUCGCCUCCCACGGCUUCACCGUCACCUUCGUCAACACCCACUACAUCCACCACAAGAUCUCCACCGCCACCGGCUCCGGCGCCGACGUCUUCUCCAAGCUCCGCGAGUCAUCUCCCGGCGGCGAGAGCCUCGACAUAAGGUACGCCACCGUCUCCGACGGGCUCCCCCUCGGGUUCGACCGGUCGCUGAACCACGACCAGUUCAUGGCCUCGCUCCUGCACGUGUUCUCCGCCCACGUGGAGGAACUGGUCGCCGGGAUCGUCGCCUCCGGCGGGGAAGACGAGGAGGUGUCUUGUUUGAUCGCCGACACUUUCUUUGUCUGGCCGGCCAAGGUGGCCAAGAAGUUCGGUUUGGUUUGUGUUUCGUUCUGGACCGAACCGGCCCUGGUUUACACCCUGUACCACCACGUCCACCUCCUCCGCCAAAACGGCCAUUUCGGUUGUCAAGAUCGACGAGAGGAUGCGAUAGAGUAUAUACCGGGGGUGGCGAGCAUCGAGCCAAAAGACACGACGUCGUAUCUCCAAGAAGCUAACGAGACCUCGGUCUGCCACCAAAUAAUCUUCACGGCUUUCCAGGAUGCACGGGGUGCGGAUUUCGUGGUAGCAAACACGGUCCAGGAGCUCGAGGCGGAGACGAUCUCGGCCCUGCAGGCCCAAAUGUCAUACUACGCAAUUGGGCCCAUCUUCCCGCCGGCAGGGUUCACAAACAAGAGUGCGGUCCGGACGAGCCUGUGGUCCGAGUCGGACUGCAGCCACUGGCUCGACACGAGGAAGCCCGGUUCGGUCCUCUACGUUUCGUUUGGAAGCUACGCCCACGUUGAGAAACCCGACCUCGUGGAGAUAGCACGCGGGCUCGCGCUGAGCGGGGUGAGUUUCGUGUGGGUGCUUCGGGACGACAUAGUGAGCUCGGACGAUCCGAACCCUUUGCCCGUGGGGUUCAGGGAGGAGGUUUCUGACCGUUCGAUGAUCGUAGGUUGGUGCAGCCAGAAGGAAGUACUGGCGCACCGGGCGAUCGGAGGGUUCCUGACGCACUGCGGGUGGAAUUCGAUACUGGAGGCUGCGUGGUGCGGAGUGCCGUUGUUGUGCUUCCCGUUGUACACGGAUCAAUUCACGAACCGUAAAUUGGUGGUGGACGAUUGGAAGGUUGGGAUUAACCUGAUUGAUUGUAAAGCUGCUAGGAAAGAGGACGUGGCGAGGAAUAUCGGUCGUCUGAUGGGUGGAGACUUGGGAGAUGAGCUGAGGAAAAGAGUCAAAGAAGUGAAGAAAACUCUGGCAAGUGCACUCGAGAGCAAUGGAUCGUCUGCUCGUAAUUUCGGGCAAUUCGUCGAGGAACUUAAGAACAAAAUCCAAACUACUGGUGAACGGAGAAGUGAAUAAAUUCGUAAUCAUCAUUGUUUUCCUCUGUAUCAAAAAUUAUCAAUUCUUAUUAGAUGGUUGUGACUUGUGGGAGAAGCUUGGUGGAUGGGAACAUUUGUAAGGACGCAUAAAUUAGAUCACACGUUAAGAUGUUUGGAUAGAAAGAUCUCCAAAAUAGGAGAUUGUACAUGCCACUUGCCAAUCUUGUCUUGGGAUAGUAUGAUACAUAGAAUGUAAUUAUGUAAGCCAUUGUUUAACGACAUUUUCCAAUGCACAUAAAUAUUAUUUGUCA